GCUCACGGUUUGGCAACACAGACUCGUGACUUCCUUCUCUCGCUUUCUGGACUUGUACCAUGAAAUAAGGAAACUUGAAUUAUUUUCGAGUUAAAGUGUCACCAUGCCUGUGACUGCGGCUGUUAUCAGUGGGUUGCAGAGACUAGUCCUCUACGAGACAAGAGCGAGGUACUUCCUCGUGGGUAGUAACCAAGCCCAGACCAGCCACCGUGUGCUUAAGAUCGACCGGACAGAGCCGCGAGACCUGGUCAUCAUCGACGACAAGCAUGUCUACAGCCAGCAGGAGGUGCGUGAGCUGCUAGGGCGGCUGGAUCUGGGGAACCGGACCAAGAUGGGCCAGAAAGGCUCCUCAGGACUCUCUCGUGCCGUCUCGGCAUUCGGCCUCGUGGGGUUUGUGCGUUUCCUGGAAGGCUACUACAUUGUGUUGAUCACCAAGCGCAGGAAAGUAGCAGACAUCGGCGGACAUUCAAUCUAUAAGAUCGAGGACACCAACAUGAUCUACAUCCCUAAUGAUUCUGUGCGCGCCACACACCCAGACGAAGCCAGAUACGUCCGGAUCUUCCAAAAUGUUGAUCUCUCCAGCAACUUUUACUUCAGUUACAGCUACGACCUGAGCCACUCUCUGCAGUAUAACAUGUGUGUCUUGCGAGCUCCGUACGAGGGAGUGGAGGGUGAGGUGGAGGCAACCACUACCAGCAAACAAGACAGCUUUGACAUCUUUGAAGAUGAGGGCCUUCCCACGCAAGUGGUUAAUGGCGUCAGGAAUGAGCCCUAUGGCAAGUACGUAUGGAAUUGUCGUCUGUUUGACAAGGUCAAGGAAACCCUGCAUCCUGAUUGGCUCCUCUACAUUAUCCAUGGCUUCUGCGGCCAGUCCAAGCUGUUGAUUUACGGGCGGCCGGUGCACGUGAGUCUGAUUGCUCGGCGCUCCAGUCGUUUCGCUGGCACCCGCUUCCUGAAGAGGGGAGCCAACUGUGAGGGAGACGUGGCCAAUGAGGUUGAAACGGAGCAGAUCAUUCACGAUGCAUCGGUGAUGUCGUUCACGGCAGGCAGCUACUCGUCUUAUGUGCAGGUGCGCGGAUCUGUGCCUCUCUACUGGAGCCAAGACAUCUCCACCAUGAUGCCCAAACCACCCAUACGCUUGGACCAGGCGGACCCAUAUGCCCAUGUAGCUGGGCUGCACUUUGAUCAGAUGCUCCGGCGUUUUGGCUCACCCAUCAUCAUCCUUAACCUGGUCAAGAAACGUGAGAAGCGUAAACAUGAGAGGAUUCUGAGCGAUGAGCUCUACCCCGCUGUCCUUAACCUCAACCAGUUCCUGCCGCCUGAGCACGCCAUCGACUACAUCGCCUGGGACAUGGCCCGCUACACUAAGAGUAAGUUAUGUAAUGUGUUGGAUCGCCUGAGCAUGAUUGCGGAGAACGUGGUGAAAAGAACCGGAUUCUUUGUCAACCGAUCUGACUUCCACUGCCACAGAUUGCGGCCUGACGAGAGGUGGAGAGACUUAGGGGGGCGUUUGACAUCAACUGGCAGACUUCAGACUGGUGUGUUACGGACUAACUGUGUAGACUGUCUGGACCGUACAAACACCGCCCAGUUUAUGGUGGGGAAAUGCGCCUUGGCCUAUCAGCUUUAUGCUCUUGGAAUGAUUGACAAGCCCAAGCUCCAGUUUGAUACAGAUUGUGUCAGGUUGUUUGAGGAGCUGUAUGAGGACCAUGGAGAUACACUGUCUCUGCAGUACGGUGGUUCUCAGCUGGUGCACAGAGUGAAAACCUACCGCAAGAUCGCCCCCUGGACACAGCACUCUAAAGACAUCAUGCAGACUCUCUCACGAUACUACAGCAAUGCCUUCUCAGAUGCGGACAGGCAGGAUGCCAUUAAUCUCUUCCUGCAGGUGUAUCAGACAGGGGAGAACAAGCCGCAUCUCUGGGAACUUCCCACGGACUUCUACCUACACCAGAGCAAUACACUCAGCCUGCUGCAGGAUCGACGCAGUUACACGUACUGGUGGUCUGAGGGAGUCCUGUCCUACCUGCCUCUACCAUAUGAUGACGUCCCUUGUGAUGAGAACCGUAAGAAUGUGACGGUGAAACGUGUGAACCGGUUUGACGAGAGCAUCGACACCUACACAGAAUUCUACAAGCCGUACGAGCUCACAUCAUUCGACGACACUUUCUGCAUCUCCAUGACCAACUCUGCUCGGGAGUUCAUGCCCAAAACUGUCGGAGUGGAUCCCAGCCCAUUCACUGUUCGCAAGCCAGAAGAGACCGCAAAAUCUGUUUUGGGGAAGAGCAGCAAAGACGAGGCAGUCCUGCAGCGUAAGACGGCGGCCAGCGCCCCCCCUCCACCCUCGGAGGAGGCCGUGUCCAGCAGCAGCGAGGACGACUCAGAGGAAGACCGCGAGGACGACGGCUCCGCCUCCCAGCGCUCCACGCCCAUCAAACUCGUCGAAUCAGGGGACAGCGUCCGCGCACAGGAGGACAUUCCACCUCAGCCAAUGAAAGAGCCGUACGGACUCGACCUCACAGAACCCCUGGGUGACGACGACCUGAUUACCUACCACAGGUUCGCUCAUUUGGGUCAGAACCAGCACAAGGUGGAGAAAUCGGACCAUCCAGCUGAAUACAGAAUCCCAGAUCAUAUCAUAAAUCUAGCCCCGGUGUCUUACUUCUCUAGCGACAGCAUCUAUGAGGUGUGUGUGCCGCGUGUGUGUGCAGAGAGCCAGGAGCUGUUUGAGGCGCACGUCCACGCCAGCCACGGAAGCAUCAGGAGCCUGUGCAGAGAGGACAUGCUCAUGUAUCGGGAGUACAUCAAGAACCGAUACAUGUAGAACACACACACACACAUACACACAGCUCAUGUAUCGGGGGGAACAUCCAGAACCGAUACAUGUAGAACACACACACACAUACACACAGCUCAUGUAUUGGGAGUACAUCAAGAACCGAUACAUGUAGAAAACACACACACACACAGCUCAUAUACCGGGAGUACAUCAAGAACUGAUGCAUGUUACACACAAAGGCACACACACAGCUCAUAUAAUGGGAGUGCAUCAAGAACCAAUACAUGUAACACACACACACACACACACACAAAACCACAUACACACACAGCUCAGGUACCACAGGUACAUCAAGACAUGUUAUGCACACAUGCACACCAUGAGAAACGGCUGGAUGUUAACAAGUUCAACACAACACGGGAACAUGAAUAAACAGUCAUUUUCCUGCAGUCUUCCUCUCCCCAGAGACUCUGAAGGCCACCACAUUUACUUUAUGCAUAGCUCAGCUUUUAAAAUUGUGUGUGUGCACGUGUGUGUGUGUGUGUGUGUGCUUGUGCGUGUGUGUGCAUGUAUGCGAGCGCCAGAUAGAGACAGAGACUGGAUGAGCCAGCGUCUGAAGUAGGCCUUUGAAAGACCAAUUACCAGAAGCAUUGGAGGCAUUUUAAUGGGCAUUCGAUCACUGUCCGCCAUCUGAACAUUCCAUGCGGUGGUGAGCAUAUUAAACCGUGCGGUUCAAUUAGUAUUGUGUUUAGUCUGUAUGUUCUGAGCCACACUCCAAUUCCAUCCCAUAAUACACACAGAGUGACCCUCCGCACUGUAAUAUACUAACUGGGACAAAAAUGCAUUUUUGGAGGUUUUUUAAGAUAAAGAUGUCUUUAUUUGUAUUUUAUUUGUGCCUGGUUUUCUUUGCUUUGACUUUUUUCCCCCUUUAUGUUCAGUUGAUCAUGUUUAGAAAUUAUUAAAACUGUAUUAAGUUGAUUUUGUUGAAUUUUAAAGUUGUUUUACUACUCGUUGUUGAAAGAAAAACAGAAACGUUUUUAUGAUUCAAAUGAAGUGUAAUUUUGUUUUGGAUUUUGUUUUUUUUUUUAUUCAAAGCUGAUUGGACCAUAAGCAGUAUGACCAACUGAAUGCCUUGUUUUAAAUAGUUGCUCUCAUUUUGUCCCAAGUUCAUGUGUAUGAAAGGUCGUUCAGUGUUAAUAUCCUAUUUAUUAAAGUUAAUUUUGAUCAAA